GCCCUUCAAGGUCAAUCGAUUAAUCAAGCGCAAUAUCCCUCCUCAUGCUCUUUUUUUAAACUCAGUUUCCGGUAUUCUUUGCAGUAGUAGGAUGAAAAAUUAUUCUAUCAAGACACGAACGUUUUUCGGCUCUUUACGGCCUCGAACUUUUCGCUUUCACAAGCUUGAGAAACCACAGCACGCGAGCGCUUCGACCAAAUGUGUGCAACAAUCAGAUGUUACUGUUGAUGGUGAACCUUUCCGGUACACUUCUGGAAGAUGGAUCUUCAAUGAACAUCUCCGUCUUGCAGAACGAUUCCUUGAGUUUGAUGUGUCCGCCCUUCAAAAUGUUAUUUCUGCUGCAUCUCGCCAUUCGAUAUCCGAUCUUAGAGCCUUUAGAAAACUAUCAGAAGGCGGAUUCAACCGCGUUUUUGAGGCCACUUUCAGCGAUGGGAAACAUGUCAUUGCGCGACUGCCAUACCCAAGUACAGUACCAGAACACUAUACUGUAGCGAGCGAAGCGGCAACUUUAGACUAUCUUCGUCUGCAUGGUAUUUUCACCCCAGAGGUGUAUGCGUGGUGUUCGACGAAGGCAAAUCCUGUUGGAACUGAGUAUAUCAUUAUGGAAAAGUUGGAUGGUAUCCCACUCGGCGACAAAUGGUUCACAUUGACACCAAAGGAACAACACAAGGUCAUGAAUCAGAUAAUUGAAUGGGAGGCGCGAUUGAUGUCGCUGCAGUUUCCUGCGUCUGGAAGUCUCUACUAUACUAAAGACCUUUCAUCUGAGAGCAGGGUACAACUCGCUGAACCCAACGGUAUGGCGUUCUGCAUAGGACCGGCAGCUCACUAUAGCUGGUGGCAUGACAAAAGGGAUCUAUUGAAUAUCGAUCGCGGCCCUUCUGGCGAGCGUGAACUGGCCUGGACGAAAGCCUAUGCAAAGCCUCGCUUGUCUUAUGACCGACUAUAUAGGGAAACCUAUCAUUUUAAACCUCUAUCACCCGAUAGUCACAUCACAGAUCUCACCAACUAUCUUAAAAUGAUACCCUGCUUAGGGUAUGCAAGCGACUCAACUUUGAAUCGACCUGUCAUGCGCCACCCAGACCUUCAGCCAAACAAUAUUCUCGUUUCCGAUGCCAAUGACAUACUUGGAAUUAUAGAUUGGCAGCAUUGUUCUAUUCUCCCUCUCGGUAUUGCUGCUGGAAUACCAGCUCACUUUCAGAAUUAUGGUGAUCCCGAAUCAGAGAUGCUGAAACAACCUCAGCUUAGUGUACCUCCAGAUUAUGACUCUUUGCCUAAAUACGAGCAAGCAUCGUUACUAGAGACUCGGCGCAAACGAAUGAUACAUUUUCUGUAUGCUGCCUUGACCAAAAGACUAAAUAAAGAGCAUUAUGAUGCCAUCUUCGAUCAGUCUGUUAUCCUCCGCCAACGACUCUUCAAGAACGCCGGUACGCCCUGGGAGGGAGACUCGAUAUCGCUGCGAGCAGAACUCAUUCGCUCGAUACAGAAUUGGGCGACAAUUACCCAGACCACCGAUCCAAAUCAAAGUAAGAGCGUUCCUCCGGCCACUCCAGUGGAUUAUUCGGAGGAGACUGUCCGGGAAACCCUUGAUUUGGAUGCUCGUCAAAAAGAAGCUGAUAUCGCAAUGGAACAAAUGCGAGAUGCCUUAGGUGUUGAUAUUUUGGGUUGGGUACCCAAUGAUGAUUAUGAUGCUGUUAAAGGAGUGGCCCAUGACAUGAAGACCAAAAUGCUCCAAGCGGCUGAGACCCCAGAAGAUAUUAUCGGAGUCCGAGAUCAUUUUCCUUUUGAUGACUUCGAUGAAGCUGCCUGAGGAAUUUUUCAAAUUACUUCAUUAUUUUUCGUCUAUUCAUCGACAAUACUAUUGUUCGUGACGGCACCAAUGGCCAACAUGUUCCAACCUGUCAUUUUGUCAUUGUGUCUCAUCACAUCACAAAAACCACCUCACUCCUCCUUCCCCUAUCCUUCCCCCUCUACAACUCCCUCUCAAACCUCUCCCCCAACACCCGUUCAACCCAUCCUUCCACCUCCCUCUCCAAUUCCACGUCCGCCUUCCCAAGCACCCCCCGUCUCAUAAACCGCCUCCUCCCUAUAUUGAUAUCCCGGUUUCCACAUGGUAAAAUCAGGGUCAACAAGCAACGAGGCGGGCUUGCGCGUGUACCUUCAAACAGUAUCUAGCUAACUCUCGCGGCCACUGGCAUUUACUGG